UACAUUUGAUUUUUUUUUUAAUUUUUUAUGCAACUUUAAAUGGCAAACAAGCUGACGGCUCACUUGAUGGAAAGUGGCAUCUGUCGCCUAUAUACAUGUGCAGUACCAUGGAUAUAACAAUUUUUCAAGAAAAAAGAAGUUCAUGUUAAAUCUAAAUUCACGGAAUGGGCAACAGUAGGAAUACUUAAAAGUAGAAAUAUUUUGUUUGAUUUAUACGAUCAAAAAAAAUAUCGAUUUGAUGACAAAUUCACCACUUAUGUAAAAAAUUAUUCUAAAAUUUUUAAAAAAGUUUGUAUUAUGGCUAAGUCUAAUUAUUUUAAUAAACAAAUUAAGCAGUCUUCUGACAAAAUUAAAACCAUCUGGAGCAUUAUAAAUAAAGAAACUGGAAGAUCUAAAAUAGCCUGUAAUCAAUUUACAUUAAAUUAUGAUAAUAAAUUAAUAACAACAACAAAAGAUGUAGUUAAUAUUUUUGAAGAUUUUUUUGCUAAUAUUCCGAUUGAUAUUACAUCUUCUCUGGACUCAUCUCAAUCUCGAGCAAAAAAAUUACUAGAGACUAAUAUCGGUUGUUGUUCUUUAAGAUUUAAAUUUUCACAUGUUAGCCCCUUUCAUAUCAUAAAAAUAUUCAAACAGCUAAAUUUAAAAAAUACGGAAGACCUUUGGGGCAUGUCUGUAAAAGUAGUUAGUUCUUUCAUAGAUAUUGUUGCUCCAUAUCUAGCCACUAUUUUUAAUAAAUGUAUUGAUAAUGGCGUUUUUCCACAUUUAAUGAAAUUUAGCAAAUUAAUCCCACUAUUUAAAUCAGGAGAUAAAUUUGAGCCAGGGAACUAUAGACCUAUAUCUAUUUUGCCAGUUCUAAGUAAGGUGUUUGAAAAGAUAAUGUUAAAUCAAAUGUUACAUCACUUCAGGGUUAACGGACUGCUUCACAGUCAGCAAUAUGGUUUCACCGCCGGCAAGUCUACCACUGACGCAGGUGUUGCGCUAAUGACACAUAUUUUCGAAUCUUGGGAGAGGUCACAGGAUGCACUCGGAGUUUUUUGUGACCUAUCAAAGGCAUUUGAUUGUGUGGAUCAUAAAACGCUUUUGUACAAGCUCGAACAUUAUGGUAUAACAGUGGACUCGAAAUUACAAUGGGGGCCCCAUAUUUCAAAAUUGGCCAGUAGACUCAGUUCUGCUGCAUAUGCAAUUAGAAGAAUUAGGCAAUUAACAGACGUGGCGACGGCUAAACUUGUAUAUUUUAGUUAUUUCCAUAGCAUAAUGUCUUAUGGCAUACUGCUGUGGGGUAAAGCAGCCGAUAUAAAUACUAUAUUUGUUUUACAAAAGAGAGCCAUACGUUCUAUUUAUGGUAUGGGUUCAAGAGAGUCAUUACGUCAGUGCUUUAAAGACUCAAAUAUCCUCACAGUUACUUCACAAUACAUUUAUGAAAAUAUUAUGUAUACACGGAAGAACUUAGCGAGUUUUAAAAAACUCAAAGACUGUACAAGUAGAAACUUACGCAAUAUAAAUAAGCUUAUUUUACCUAAAUGCCGUCUGCACAAAAUCAGUAAUUCAUUCUAUGGUAAUUGCAUAAGAUUUUAUAAUAAACUGCCGGAAUCUGCAUUAAAUCUGACAGAGAGGCAAUUCAAAUCUUAUAUUAAACAAUUUUUAUGUAAGAAAGCCUAUUACAGGAUAGACGAAUUCAUAGAUGACAACAUAUCAAGUAAAUAAUUAGUUUAUUAGCAUACAACGUUAUAAUUUUAUUUUCUCAUUGCUUUCUUGAUUUAAUUGAUUAAUUUUAGAAAUAUGAAAGCGUAGCGGUUUUUUGUAUUAAUUGCCGCAUGCAUUCUUAUGUAAAAUGUGAAUACUAUAACUAUCAGAUGGCAAUUGUGAGUAGCUUUGACGUGGUCUAGUGUUUUGAGUAGUCAUGCUCACUAAAAUGUCCAGACUUGUGGCGGCGUGGUGGGCCGGGUCAUUGGGCUCCCUAAAAUAUGGUCGAGCGCAGUGAUGGCUGGCUCAUCCGUCAUACUCGUGAACGGGUGCUGCUUGUAGGGACUGGUCUGCUCUAAUCACUAUGACUGAUUUCCUCUUAUUAAUUGUUUAACCAGUUGGUUAUGUAUUCAAUUUUUUUUUUUCUUUUUGAGUAUUUAAUUGAAUUAGUGCUAAUUGGUGGUUUGUAUUCACACAAUUAAACUUAAAAAUGUAAAAUAAUAAUAAAAUUAUUUAAAAGAG